GAGGCAGUUACACGAAUGAACGAGGUCAACUUUGUAGUGUGCCAGCUCUUUGCCUUGCUAGCAGCCGUCUGGUUCCGCACGUACCUGCACUCGAGCAGAGCGAGCUCUCUCACCCGGCACGUGGUGGCCACCCUUUUGGGCCUCUACCUUGCCCUGUUCUGCUUCGGAUGGUAUGCCUUACAUUUUCUUGUACAAAGUGGAAUUUCCUACUGCAUCAUGAUCAUAAUAGGAGUGGAAAACAUGCACAAAUACUGUUUUUUGUUUGCUUUAGGCUACCUCACAGUGUGCCAAAUUACUCGAGUCUAUAUCUUUGAUUAUGGACAAUAUUCUGCUGAUUUUUCAGGCCCAAUGAUGAUAAUUACGCAGAAGAUCACUAGUUUGGCUUACGAAAUUCAUGAUGGGAUGUUUCGAAAAGAUGAAGACCUGACUCCGUCUCAGAGGGACUUAGCUGUAAGGCGCAUGCCAAGCCUCUUGGAGUAUUUGAGUUACACCUGUAACUUCCUGGGCAUCCUGGCAGGCCCCCUCUGCUCAUACAAAGACUACAUUACUUUCAUUGAAGGCAGAUGGUGCCACCUAACACAAUCAGGAGAAGGCAGAAAAGAAGAGAGACAGUGUGAAAGAACAGAGCCGUCUCCAAAUGUUGCAGUUACCCAGAAGCUCAUGGUCUGUGGACUUUCCUUAUUGUUUCAUCUGACUAUCUCUAAAACCUUGUCCGUGGAGUAUAACAUUGACGAGCAUUUCCAAGCUACAGCUUCGUGGCCAACGAAGGUCAUCUAUCUGUAUGUGUCUCUCUUGGCUGCCAGACCCAAGUACUAUUUUGCGUGGACAUUAGCCGAUGCCAUCAAUAAUGCCGCAGGCUUUGGUUUCCGAGGAUAUGACAAGAACGGAGAAGCCCGCUGGGACUUAAUUUCCAAUUUGAGAAUUCAGCAGAUAGAGAUGUCUACAAGUUUCAAGAUGUUUCUUGAUAACUGGAAUAUUCAGACAGCUCUUUGGCUUAAAAGGGUGUGUUAUGAACGAGCCUCCUUCAGUCCAACUAUCCAGACGUUCAUUCUCUCUGCCAUUUGGCAUGGGGUGUACCCAGGAUAUUAUCUGACAUUUCUAACAGGGGUGUUAAUGACAUUAGCAGCACGAGCUAUAAGAAAUAACAUUAGACAUUAUUUCGUGGAACCUCCCCAGCGUAAACUGUUCUAUGAUGUCAUCACGUGGGCAGUAACACAGGUAGCAAUCAGCUACACAGUUGUACCAUUUGUCCUCCUUUCUAUAAAACCAUCAUUCACGUUUUACAGCUCCUGGUGUUACUGCCUUCACUGUGCUGGCAUCGUAGUAAUGUUGUGUUUGCCGGUGAAAAAAAGUCCAAGAGGAAAGAAUACAGCUGACCUGGUUCCACUCUCACAAUCGAAAAAGUUUGAUGAACAAGAAAAUUCUUUGGGACACAAUAGCUUUUCCACAACAAACAAUAUUUGCAAUCAGAAUCAAGACUUAGCCUCUGGACAUUCAUCUCUAAACCAAUGAUCCAGAAACUGCCCAGGGGUCACUUCCUUGUGUGUUAACAGAAACCAAUCUUAGCACCUUUUCAAAGGGUUUGUGUUUGUUUGAAAAAGAGAUUCAGUAGCUGGGAGGAGGGGAAAAAUUGGACAUUUGCAGAUCGGGAAUUUCCAGAUUGGAAACGGAGUUAAAGAACCCCUCCUGGGCCGUGUCUUUGUGGGCCGCGCCUUAUAUAAAGAUAGCUCCCUCGUUGCAGUGGGCACUCAGGACCUCAGCGUCUGGCCGUGGGGUCUCUGUGUGCCCCAUUGCUGGAUGUACACCGCCUGUCCCAAAGCACUGAAAAAGAGGUGGGGAAAUCAUUGUGUCCGUCUGGGUGAGUGAGAGAAAUUACCUUUUCCAAAUGAAUGUCUUGCCUUAAACCCUCUCUUUCCUAAAAUGCUGUUCCUAACUGGGAUUUCCUUGUGUCACUUUGGGAGGGCUCAGAUUUUGCCUGUUUUGAUGUUGCGCACUGUGAGGGACGCUAGAAAGAAUUUAAAACGGGAUAUUUAAGAUUGUGGAUACUUUAAAAUGCAAUAAACAGCUCAGUAUUGGAGGCUUUUCUUAGUGUAACUCAAUGGCUGCAGAACUGCAAACCUCAAGGGACGCCAAAUGAUGGGGGCUUAUUUUGAUGCAGCGCUGAAUUACCUGUGUCUGAGGCCCUCCAGGGGCCAGUCUGUAGGCAGAAUGAAAGGCUGGGUUGUGACGUGUUGAGCUUAUUUUCUUAGCGAGAAGACGAAGGAAAGCAGGCACCAGCGCGGUCGGCGCCAGAAGGAAGUGGACAGCUUUGAUGGACCAGCCAGCAGCAGCAAAGCCACUGCUCUGGGCCCUCCGGACUCGUGAGCGCCACAGGACAGGUGAAGCCAGCCGCCUGUGGGCCCCUGUGUGAGAGCCAACUGCCGCCUCGUUCUCGCAUGAAGUGGCUGGGGGUGUCGAACUGCCAGCCCUUUAGGCUAGCAACCAAGCCUGUUAGUCAGUGUGCCCGGGGAACUUGUGCAGCGGUUACAGUGGGGAAAUCAGACUGGGUGCGCAGCAGGCGGGACUCUGACCCUUCUCAGUCUGUGAUCAUGGGAGACAUCAAAGUUCAAUAACUUUUUAACACUUUGGACUUUCAAAUGGAACUUACCAAGCAUAUAUUAAAUAGAAUUCUGAAGGGAUUAUGAAAAUACUGGGUUGCUCAAAGGGUUUGAAAGAGAGAUCACUGGGUAAGGAAAGGGGACUGUCUACCUAGUCCCUCCUUUUUUCCCUGACAGCUUAAUUUCCUGUGUGGGAAAGGUUAGGGGUAAUGAAAGGGUCAGUGGGUCAGAAGCCCAUUACGAGGCAAGGAUGUAGUUUCCAAACACCGGGCCGCCUACGUAAAGGGUGCUGGUGUAGCUCCUGUGGGAAUGGGAAUGGGCUGAGAUUAUCUGCAUGGGAAAAUGUGCGCUUUGUGGCCAUUUCCCCGACAUUGAAGGCCGCCUCAGGUGACUGGGCCCUGACUGAGCUCCCUGGGGACGGCAGGGGCUGCGGGAGCUGCUGCGAGGCCUCAGCCAGACCCGGAAGAGUAGGCAACACCGACUGAGGUCACCUGGAGGUGACAAGGCUCGGGGGGAAUUUAUUUUUUGCCUUAAACUUCAAAAAUGAAAUGCAGAUUGUUCUCUAUGGUGAUUCUUACUGCUUGGAUUCUUGUGAUUAAUAAAAUUUCAACUGACGUUAAAGACAGAACCAGA